GUCCCCGAGCGCUAUGCGCAGCUGCAAGCAUCUCUGGACCAGGCAAGACCCGUCUCCGUGGAUGGAAGAGGACUCUCAGCUGCUACGGAGGAUCAGACACGCGCGGAACAAGGUUGGGCGAUCCUUACCAGCGGUGCCCUCCACCGACACCGUCAAGGGCGGGCACGGGCGAUGCUUCGAGGGAUCUUCAAGGAUGGAAAGAAAGGGCGCAAGGAGGCGGCCGAACACGAGGAAGUGCGCCAGAAGCGCCUGGAAACGGUCUGCGACUGGUGGAGCCUCCUUGCGGCUGGACUCCUCAGGCGAUGCUACCUCGUCCUGCUGGCCCUGUGUGGCCUCAGCUUGGCUCGUGCCUGCACAGCCUUCAUCGGCAGUAGGAGGCCCAACACCACGACAAGCCUGCAGAGGGCUGCCGAAGCCGAGGUGGCGACAAAGCCGCCCAAAGGAAAUUGGUUUGAGGAAACAAAGGCAUUCUGGGAUGACCUGGAAGUCUUCAUGCCCCUCGAUGAGGAUACGGCCCCAGAAGCCAAAGCGCUCCUGAACCAGACGGAGAAGGUCGAGCGUAUGACGGCGGAGCAGGAGGCUGUUCUCGCCAAGAAGUCUUACCUUCGUGGGAAGUCUGACGAAGCCUUGGGUGAAGAGCUGAACAAGCUACAGAGCCUCUCCUAUGAGUAUUGGAAGAUGCGCGUCUACAGGGUCUUCAGCAAGGAGUCCGUGAAGGAGGGCUUUGUAAGCUUUCUCACAUACGGCAAUGCAAUUUUCAUCUUAAUUUUCCUGCGCACCGUGGUGCCACGGCUGCUAGUGAUAUCGUCUCUGGACGAUUUCUUCGGUUUCGCUAACGAGAUUGGUGUGCCCAACAGGCAGACCCUGAAUGACGUAAUUCGAAACAUUUCGAGUUACGACACACUCUUCAAAGCUCUUAUUUACACAGUGGCCUUUAUCGUCGAGAAGCUGACGCUGAUUUCUGAAAUCCUGCCGGUUCAGGUGGCCUUGAAGACGAUGUCCCCAGUUGUCUUUGGCGGCCUCAUCCCUGGUGCGCUGAUCUCCGCAACCUGUGAAACGGUGGGAGCCACUGUGAAUUUCUUCAUCGGCCGCACGUUCUUCUUCCAGCGUCUGCGAGACUUUCAGCUUCCCGGUGAGCCCAAGCUGGGCGAUGCUCCGUGGUUCGGAAGGCUCGAGCGGGCCGCCGAGAAAGAGGGCUUGAAGAUGACUCUUCUGCUGCGUCUCUCCCACAUUCUCCCCGUGCCAUUCGACUCCUACUGGUACAUCCUGGGGGCGCUCCCUGUUGGCGUGCCGGAGUUCAUCGUGGCACACUGGGUGGGCUGCCUGAAGACUGCCUUCCUCGACGCAUCGCUCGGGCUUCUGCUGCUCACGUCGGUCGUGAACCUGGAGGAAGGGGCUGAGAAAUCGAACAUCAUCGUUGCCGAGUCUGUCGGCUUUGCAUUGGUUGCUCUGCUGGUGCAGACAUUCGCCACCGGCCUGGUCAAAGACAUCCUCGGCCUGGAGGACGAGAAAAAACCGGAUGCCACCAAGGCAACCCCACCCCUCAAGGACCAGGAUGGACAGCCGGCCAAAGCCGACCCACCCGCAGCGACAGCUGAUGCUGACAACCGCAUGAUUUGA